AUGACCGACAAGCUCCCCCCUCCGCUGCUGGCCCUUUUCCAGCCCCGUCCGCCCCUGCGGUAUGUCACGCCCAUCGAUCGCGCGCCCGAAGACGUCAGAAAGAGCAAAAUUGGCGGCAUCGCCCAGUUUCUAGAGGAAGCGAAGAAGACGGCAGAGGAGACCGAAUACCACCCGGCAGAGACGUGGCUGCAGCGCAAAUGGCGCCAAAAGCUCGAGCAGAAAGAGCAGUUGAAGAAGCAUCUGACCGAGGGUCUUGAAGAUUACGACCCUAAUUCUGAUGCGCAAGCACGCGGCGACCCGUUUAAGACGCUCUUCGUUUCUCGCUUAAGCUAUGAAGUGACCGAACAAGAUCUCGAGCGGGAGUUUGGACGUUUCGGUCCUAUUGAAAGAAUUCGCAUCGUUAAAGAUACCGUUACCCCCAAAGGCGCGAAGAAGCCACACCGGGGCUACGCAUUUAUUGUCUAUGAGCGCGAAAAGGACAUGAAAGCGGCCUACAAAGAAACAGAUGGUAUCAGAAUCAGAGACCGACGCGUCUUGGUGGAUGUUGAACGUGGUCGGACUGUCAAAGGCUGGAAACCCCGGCGAUUUGGUGGUGGCCUAGGCGGCCGAGGUUACACAAAGGCAUUGCCUUCACGUCCUAUUGGGCCAGGAGGCUUUGGUCCUCCCUCUGGUCCUGGUGGGUUUGGCGGCGGAUUCCGAGGUGGCUUCCGAGGAGGAGGCAGGGGAGGAUUCCGUAAUGACCGUGGUGGGUUUGGGCCUCGUGGAGGUGUUGGAUAUCAGGGUGGCAGAAGCGGCUUUGGUGGGCAAGCGCCACCAAAUGCUCCAUCGGGGCCCGGUGGUGGACGCAGUGGUGGGUUUGGCGGCCGUGAUCGCGGUGGUACAGGGAGCAACCGUGAGCCUAUCCGACCUCGGGACAGCUAUGGCGAUCGUGACAGGCGUGAUCGAGACCGUGAUGGCGAUCGCCGAGACCGUGACAGAGACAGCUAUCGCGACCGCGAUCGUUACCGCGAGCGCGACAGAUACGGCAGUAGAGAGGACCAAGGACGAAAGAGGUACCAUGAAGACGACUCAUACGAUGACCCCCGUGCCAAACGACGAUACUAA